AGUAUAGGGAUACCAUUCUUUCUCUUGGAUUUCUUCUGGGGAACUCAGUGUCAAAUAUGCAUGGUGUGCCUACCCCCUAGAGCCAAAGUAGAAUACAGAGGGAAGUAUUGAUUGUGAUGCUAUUUCACAACUAGACUCAUACUGCAAGAAAGAGAAAAUGGUCAAAAUUGCCUUAUGUUCAGACUUUCUUUGCACUGAGAAUUAAUCCUUGCUUGUGUGCAAAAUGUAAACGUAAGCCACAAGAAAACCAGAUACGUAGCCUUUAAGGCAUUCAGUACCACUGAGCCUGAGGCCAUUCUUCUUCACCCUUUAGAACCUGAGGAAGCAGUUUCCAAGAUAAUUUUAACAGCCUUGACUACUGUUACUAAGUCUCCUCCGUCCCACCAGCAUCAGCGCCACAAACCUGGAACCUCCGUCCCUGCCGCUGCAGCUUGCCCCCAGAGCUCGCUGCCGAGUGCGGGCCACACAGUAUCUGAAUCUAUCCUGCAGAAGCACCAAGGGGCCAUAAAGGCCAUGGUUAUGAGCUCCAGAAGAUAGAGCAGAAAUGAACAACAGAGAGAGGGGUUCUCUGGGGCUCUUCAAUGAAAAUUGAAGCCCACUGGGAAAGUGAAGAAAACCUCUGCAAUAAAGGCACACUGGACCACUGUGAUUGACAGUUUUCAGCAGUGUUUGGUUCAAGGCAAUUUCCUCCUCUAUGGCUGCUGGAUUUUGGGACUAAGCUUCCAGAAUGCUCAUGUAUAGUGUUUUGAGCAGGAGAAUUUAGAACAGAGCUACAUGCAUUCUCUUAUGACUCCACUCCGCUCACCUCUAGUCCCAGCUAUGCUUCCACAGUCUUCUGUGCAUUUUCAAGAGCAACAAAAAUGGAAUAAAUCCCUGGGGCUGGUGUCAUUUGAGGAUGUGGCUGUGGAUUUCAGCUGGGAGGAGUGGCAGGACCUGGACGAUGCUCAGAGGGACCUGUACAGGGAUGUGAUGCUGGAGACCUACAGCAGUCUGGUGUCCUUGGGGCACUGCAGUCCCAAACCUGAGGUGAUCGUCAAGCUGGAACAGGGGGAACAGCCAUGGAUGGGAGAAGACCCCCCAAGUCAGACUCUCCCAGGGCACGGCACCCCCGGCCCAGAGGAGACCAUCAAAUUGGAGCAGGGAGCACAGCCAUGGAUGGGAGAAGAACCCCCAGGCCAGACCCUUCCAGAUAUCCAGAAAGUGGAAGACCUGAGUGAGACCGGCCAGGAAAAUCCAGACAGACAUCUGUGGCAAGUUGUGGCCACCAGCAGCAGUGCAGCAGAGGAGAGAGUUGGAUUAGAAAGAACAUUUGAUUUGAGCUCACACCGUACUUCAAAGCUGGGUAUAAAUAAUGGGAGCUACUUAGGAAUGAAGACUGAAGAGCUUAUUGUGUAUCAGAAUGUGCUCCUGCCUAAUGUGCCUGACGAGGUGCCUGCCAGAGCGAGGCCUGAUGCCCACAGUACGGUUGGGAAAUCCCUUGCACAUCCUGCAUAUCUCAGUGAGCAUCACAGGAUUCAAAUUGAGCAGCAGAAUUUUGAGUACAGUGGAGAAAUGACGGGUCUUAACACGGAGGCGAUAUUCUUCAUACAUCAGCGGGUACGUGUGGGAGAGUCCUCCUGUGAAUAUAGUGAACGUGGGGAAGCCUGUGAUAAGUCAGCUCUCAUCAUCCAAUCAGUAACUCAGGUAGGGAGGGAGAUGCUUGAAUGUAAUGCAUGUGGGAAGACAUUCUAUUCAAAGCCUGCACUCACUAAAUAUCAGAGGAUGCACACAGGAGAGAAACCUCACAUAUGUAGUGACUGUGAGCAAUUAUUCCUUAAGGAAGCAUACCUUGCAACUCACCAGAGGAAACACACAGAAGAGAAGCCCUAUGAGUAUAACACAUGUAUGGAAUCUUUCUACCAGAAGUUCAACCUCACUUCACAACCUAGAACUCACACAGGAGAGAAGCCCUAUGCAUGCAGUGAAUGUAGGAAAUCUUUCUACCGCAAGUCAGACCUCACUGUGCAUCAGAGAACUCACACAGGAGAGAAGCCCUAUGAAUGUAAUGAGUGUAGGAAAUCUUUCAACCAGAAGUCAAACCUCAGCAGGCAUCAGAGAACUCACACAGGAGAGAAACCCUAUGAGUGUAAUAAAUGUGGGAAAUCUUUCAACCAGAAGUCAGACCUCAUUUUACAUCUUAGAAUUCACACGGGCGAGAAACCCUAUGAAUGUAACGAGUGUAGGAAAUCUUUUUACAAGAAGUCAGACCUCACUGUACAUCAGAGAACACACACAGGAGAGAAACCCUAUGAAUGUAAUGAAUGUAGGAAAACUUUCUAUCAGAAAUCAAAACUUACUGUGCAUCAGAGAACGCACACAGGAGAGAAACCCUAUGAAUGUAACGAAUGUGGGAAGUCUUUCUAUCAGAAGUCAGACCUCACUGUACAUCAGCGAACACACACAGGAGAGAAACCCUAUGAGUGUAACAAAUGUAGAAAAUCCUUCUAUCAAAAAUCAGUGCUCACUGUGCACCAGAGAACUCACACAGGAGAGAAACCCUAUGAAUGUCACGAAUGUAGGAAAACCUUUUGCCAGAAGUCACACCUCAGCAGGCAUCAGAGAACUCACACAAGUGUUCAUAUUCAAGAUAAGACUUACAAAUAUAAAAAAUGUGGCAAAGCUUUUAAUCAAAUUUCAGGUCUUACUCAGCAUCAGAAAAUUCAUUCUGGAGAAAAAACCUACAAAUGUAAAGAAUGUGGGAAAGCCUUUACACAGGAUUCAAGGCUUAAACAACACCUGCAAAUUCAUUGGGUUGGAGAGAAACCCUACAAAUAUAAAGAGUGUGGCAAAGCUUUUAAUCAGAUCUCAGGCCUUACUCAAAAUCAGAGAAUUUAUACUGGAGACCAACUCUACAAAUGUAAAGAAUGUGGGAAAACCUUUACCCAGGAUUCAAGGCUCAGACAACACCUGAGAAUUCAUAACACUGGAGAGAAACCAUAUAAAUGUAAAGAAUGUGGCAAAACUUUUAAUCAAACCUCAGGCCUUUCUCGACAUCAGAGGAUCCAUACUGGAGAGAAACCUUACAAGUGUAAAGAAUGUGGCAAAGCUUUUGCCCAGGAUUCAAGCCUUCGACAACACCAGAGAAUUCAUACUGGAGAGAAACCAUAUAAAUGUAAAGAAUGUGGCAAAACUUUUAAUCAAAUCUCAGUCCUUACCCGACAUCAUAGUAUUCAUACUGGAGAGAAACCGUACAAAUGUAAAGAAUGUGGCAAAGCCUUUAACAGGCUUUCAUAUGUUGCACAACAUUAUAGAAUUCAUACUGGGGAGAAACCCUACAAAUGUAACGAAUGUGGCAAAGCCUUUACCCUGUAUUCUAGCCUUAGAAACCACCUAGGAAUUCAUAAUACUGGAGAGAAACCCUACAAAUGUAAAGAAUGUGGCAAAGCUUUUAAUCAAAUUGCAAACCUUUCUGUACACAAAAGAAUUCAUACAGGAGAAAAACCUUACAAAUGUAAAGAAUGUGGCAAAGCCUUUAAUGUUCGUUCAAACCUUACUCAACAUCAGAAACAUCAUACUGGAGAGAGACCCUACCAAUGUAAAGAAUGUGGCAAGUCCUUUAUUCAAAUUUCAAACCUUAUUCAACACCGGAGAAUUCAUAUAGGAGGGAAGCCCUACAAAUGUAAAGAUUGUGGCAAAGCUUUUAAUCAAAGCUCAAACCUCAUUCGGCACCAGAUAAUUCACUUAGGAGAGAAACCCUACAGAUGUAAGCAAUGUGGCAAAGCCUUUAAUGGUUCUUCAAAUCUUACUCUCCAUCAGAGAGUUCAUACCGGAGACAAACCAUACAAAUGUAAAGAAUGUGGCAAAGCAUUUAAACGAAUCUCAAGUGUUACUGUACACCAGAGAAUACAUACUGGAGAGAAACCCUACAAAUGUGAAGAAUGUGUGAAAGCCUUUAGUGAUUGUUCUGCCCUUAUCCAACACAAGAGAAUUCAUACUGGUGAGAAACGAUACAAAUGUAAAGAAUGUGGUGAGGGCUUUAACAAAAGCUCUCGACUUACUAUGCACCAGAGAAUUCAUAAAGGAGGGAAACUCUACAAUUGUAAAGAAUGUGGCAAAGUAUUUAAUGAUUGUUCAACUCUUACUAACCAUCACAGUAUUCAUACUGGAGAGAGACCCUACAAAUGUAAGGAAUGUGGCAAAGCCUUUAAUGACCGUUCAACUCUUGCUCAGCACCAUAGAAUUCAUACUGGAGAGAGACCAUACAAAUGUAAAGAAUGUGGCAAAGCUUUCACUCAAAGCUCACACCUUACUCGACACCAGAGAAUUCAUACUGGAGAGAAACCCUAUAAAUGUAAAAUAUGUGGCAAAGCUUUUAAUCAAAGCUCAAACCUUACACAACACCAGAAUAUUCAUAGUGAGGGUAAACUAUAAAAAUGUAAAGAAAGCAGCUCGUAAUGACUGUGGGAAGACCUUUGUCCAAAAUAUGCUUGUCAGAGUACCACAAAAUACUUAAUACUUCAUAGAGAAAAAAGCCUUCAUAAAUACAAAGUAGGAAUCCUACAAGUAUAGAAAAUAUGGCAAAUCCUUCAAUUUUUGAUUAAAAUUUACUGGACACCAUUAGCUAAUAUGGUAGAAAAAAAUCUUCACUAGAUAUCAGAGAAUAAUGCAGAAAACUUAUCUCUGAAAGAAAUUUAUUGUAAAUCCUAACUUAGAGAAUAUUCUUUUGAAAACUGGAGAAAUCACAACUCUCAAUAAAUCAUACUUUGAAGAAAACUCCUGAGUUUUUAAUCUAUACCUUUAAAUCAGGCUUUAUAAUGGAUUUUGAAAUAUUUGAGAUUAUGCAUGAUUUUUGUAAGUAAAUAAAAAUGAUUUCUUAACAGUGUUGUGUUUGAUGUUUUUCUGUCACAGACAUUCCACUUAAAUUUCUAGAUGACAUAAUAUACAAUUGGAUAAAUAGUGGAAUGACAUCUUUAUUAAUCCUUUUUCCCAGGGUCAUUAAAAUUAAAAUUUGGAGAAUAUUACUUCCAUAAUUACAUUUUCAUUUUUUCUUUUUGUAAUUACUGGAAAAUUAUAAUUAUACAAAAGAUAUAGGAGUAUUAUAAUAAGCCUUAUAUUUUCAAAUCUUCAAUUACUACUUGUAAAUUUUUUUGCCUAUAAUUUUUCCAUGUGUCCACAAAUACAAACUUGGUUUAGAUUUACAUUGACUGAAAUAUACAUAUUUUUUACAAUACAAUGAUUAACUUUUGGAGCAGUAGAGCCAUGAAAGUAAUAAUUGUGUGUGUUCAUGCGUGUACAUAUUUGUGUAUACCUAUCUUGUGAAGAAAAUGAAAUUAUAGAAAUGAAAGAUAAUUUAAAACACUUGAAAAUGCUCUAAUGGUUAACCUCACAUACCUAAAAAAGAAAAAUCUAAUUUCUACAAGAUAAGAUUUCUGGCUUUAAAAUCUCUCUGUGCCAAUUCUUUAUUUGCUUUUACUCAUAGAAAACCUAACAUGACUUGUUCAAAGCAUAUGAAACAUUGUUAUACUUGUUCAAACUUUUUAAGUAUGGUUUUUAUAAAAUUUGUAGAGUUGUAAAUUUAUUUGGAAGAUGUAUUUUCACAACAUAUCAAGAAACAUUAAUGUGUUCAGUUUCCACCUCAGUGGAGGUGCUGCCUUUUUUUGUGUUAUUUCUUUGAAUUUGAUAAAUGAUAUAAAAUUUAAUGAAAUCAUUGAGCCAGUUUGUUCAGGUGAAAACUGGAGACUUCAAAAGUCAAGAAGUUGACAUUUGUAUGAAACAAACAGAACAGUACUGCUUACAUAACAUUCUCCAUAAUUAACAAAAAAGUGUUUCAUUUGGAUUGUUUUUGUUGCUUCAUGUAAUAGGAAACAUGCAGACAGAAGAGACGUUACUUUUACAUAUCUGCACAUAGGCAUUUUGAUCAUUUAAAUUUUUUUUGUCUGAUACCAUAAUGAAGGGUUAAUUGGCCUACUGACAUUUGGAGUUGGUAUGUAUUUCUUUUUUUCUUUUUCUAUUGUUUUCUGCCCCCACCCUUGUGUUUCUUUGGUAGCCACAGGAGCUCAAACACCUGACAUUCUUUGACCUUAUCAUGAGGUCCAUAUCCACAAGGCUGGAAUGUUUUGCACAGGAUGAUGGCACCAGAGAUACAAAACUUGUACUGUCUAUUGGACAAGUUGAUUGUGUCUGCCCAGUGACCCAAUUCCGUCACAAGAAGAAACAUCUUUUGGAAACAUGCCCCUGCCAUAUGGAAAUUACCAGAGUUUAGUCUGCUCCACAAAUCAAUAAAAACCUGGUGCUCUUCUAAAAGCAGAAGCUUUGGCACUGUCUUUAGUGAGUGGUGACUCCCUUCAGCCAAAGCCCCAAUUUGGCUGAAGUCCCUGCCCUCUACCCAAUAAAGUUGUCUGCAAGAGAGUAUAUGCUUACAUAUUUGUUCCAUUCACAUUUCUACUGUCUCUAGAUUAAAAGAUCCCAUCAUUCAAUACUGUAAGGACGCCAUGACACCAUGAUGUAUUGGGAAGGAGGAGAGGCUUUUGUGGGAAAAUGUAAAGAGGCAUUGUUCCUUUCCUGCAUGACUUUCCUUAGUGUUUUUGCUCAUCUGCUGUACUGCAAAUUCUUAGAUGUGUAUAAGAUUCUGACACGGACAGUUUGCUCAGUUUGAUCCUGUUAAGUCCAUAUAGCUAAAUAAAUGUGUGGAUGUGGUUUACUGUUUA